AACCUCCCAAGUUCUAGUUGUUCCUCCUUGUAUAUUCCCAAAAGGUCUAUAUCCGGUAUUUCUACCCUCUUCCUCUGGGGAAAUCCAAACGGUUUGAAUGCUCGAAUCAACCGAGCGGGCCCACUCUAGGUCCUCAUCGGUCUCCUCCACCGCCGCUCUCCCUUCUUUUGAAGAUCUCGCUCCACCCCGUCCACCGCUUACGGGCGGAGAGCAAGAAACGGCUGUCCCUGUACCUGGGCUCGGGAGAGAUGUCAAGUUGAAGGUAGAUGCAGGUCCUGGAUGCGGUGGGAUCGCUUGGCCGGCUGGAGAGGUGUUAUCCAGGUACCUCGCGUACAGACAUGGAUUAGAUCCUUCCCAUUUGGUAGGUAAGACAGUCAUAGAGCUUGGGUCUGGGACUGGACUUGUUGGAAUAGCGGCUGCCAUGUUGGAGCCCACAUCCGAUGUCUGGGUGACCGACCAAUCGAUGUUACUCGGUCUCAUGGAAGAUAAUGCAAAGCUCAACUUGGCCGAUCUUCAGAGGGACAAUGUUCAUGUAGCGGAGUUGAACUGGGGAGAGCCUCUGCCAGCUGAAAUCCCCUUAGAGAAAUCUUCCCUCAUCCUCGCUGCUGAUUGUGUCUACUUUGAGCCCGCAUUCCCAUUAUUAGUCCAGACCCUUUGUGACUUGGCUCCGAUAGGUAAAGACAUUGAAAUCCUCUUUUGUUGGAAGAAACGAAGGAAGGCAGACAAACGAUUCUUUGCCAUGCUCAAGAAACAUUUCGCGCAAGAGAUUGUUGAGGAUGAUAAGCCUGGAGAGAGGGAGAGAUGUGGCAGGGAAGGUGUGACGUUGAUGAGGUUAAUGAGGAGAAAGUGAGGUGAUUGACCUUUUGGGAUAUUUGCAAUGCAUAUUUUGGGCUUUUUGCUGGUACCAGAAAAUCCUGGUUGGAUGUCUUUUGAGUUCUUUUCUUUUUACUCGCCACAUAUGCUUAUCCACUGCAUUUCUCUCUUCGUCCGUACAGCGGCACUGACAAUACUACUUCUCUACUCAAAAUCAUAACCUCAAGUGAUAAUCAACAUUACUCCUGGAAUGACAGCAACGAUCCUCAAGCUCGUGCGUUACAAGAGAAGGCAGAGCGCCAAUAUACUAUUCUACUUUUUCCAAUGGUCAACUCGAACAAGCGUUCUGAAUGCUCCAAUAUGUUUCGGAUGGUAUAUCGUUCGAUCCUGAUGACACAACGAUCCCACUGUGACAGGGUGGGAUUUCACUAUUGAUGUAGAGUCGACCUUCUUCGAUCAUCUUGAUCAACGGGCCGCUUCCAAGACAGACAACAAUGACGGACUAUGACAACAGUCUCUAUGCCAGUGGUUCUGGCGGAGCAAAUGCCAUACAAUCAUUACCAGAAGACUUGGAUCAAGGACUAUCUUUUGGUCUUCCGCCUUCAGUACCAUCUCAAAAUGAACUAAGGUUCGCCGCACGACCACUAGUCCAUCUACAGGCGAAUCCACGUUCUGUGUACAUAAAGGCGCCAGGACGCCUAAUCCCAGUGUGGCAAUGUUCAAAGAUGAACAUCGUCUCUCUUCAUGGAGUAUAUACAUAAAGCUGACGAAAAACAUGAAUUAGAGCGGGCACAGCAAAAGAGCUACAGUAAUAAAUGGACAUCCAGGAUCUAUACUUUCAAGGAAGGGCCGUCAAAUUGAAAGCGGAAAUAUCAACUUUACAGAAAACCGUUGCUUAGCAGUCAAUGGCUAUCGGCGCGAGAGAUACAGGAGUUAAAUGCACGCUUUCGUCCUGUGGCCACCACGUGAGGAACGAGGCACCGUUUACUUCCUUACAUUCGCGGCUUCUAUGAUGUGA